CGGCCUCCGGGGCCGGGGCGCUGCGGAGCCGCCAGGACGCGCCGCUCCCCCUUAGCCGGCAGGGCCGGGCCCGCCAUGGCCCCCGCCUGGAUCGGCCGCCUCUGCCUGCUCCUGCUCUGCCUCUGCGGGGAGGCCGCCGCGGGGAGAGACUUCUACAAGAUCCUGGGGGUGUCCCGCGGCGCCUCCAUCAAGGACAUCAAGAAGGCCUAUCGCAAACUGGCGCUGCAGCUCCAUCCCGACAGGAACCCCGACGACCCCCGGGCGCAGGAGAAGUUCCAGGACCUGGGCGCUGCCUACGAGGUGCUGUCAGAUGAGGAGAAGAGGAAGCAAUACGAUGCCUAUGGAGAGGAGGGCCUGAAGGAUGGGCACCAGAGCUCCCAUGGAGACAUCUUCUCCCAUUUCUUUGGGGACUUUGGAUUCAUGUUUGGAGGAAGCCCUCGCCAGCAAGACAGGAAUAUUCCCCGAGGAAGUGACAUCAUUGUGGACCUGGAGGUCACACUGGAGGAGGUGUAUUCAGGAAACUUUGUAGAAGUUGUCAGGAACAAGCCAGUGGCAAGACAGGCACCUGGCAAACGGAAAUGCAACUGCAGGCAGGAGAUGAGAACCACCCAGCUGGGCCCUGGGCGCUUCCAGAUGACUCAGGAAGUUGUUUGUGAUGAAUGCCCCAACGUCAAGCUGGUGAAUGAGGAGCGGACGCUGGAAGUGGAGAUAGAGCCAGGGGUGAGGGAUGGCAUGGAGUAUCCCUUCAUUGGGGAAGGUGAGCCCCACGUGGAUGGCGAGCCAGGAGAUUUGCGCUUCCGAAUAAAAGUUCUUAAGCACCCAGUGUUCGAAAGGAGAGGAGAUGACUUGUACACAAACGUGACGAUCUCGCUGGUCGAGGCACUGACAGGCUUUGAGAUGGAUAUUGCCCACUUGGAUGGGCACAAGGUUCACAUUGUGCGGGAUAAAACCACAAAACCCGGCGCCAAGCUGUGGAAGAAGGGAGAAGGUCUUCCAAACUUUGAUAACAACAACAUCAAAGGCUCCCUAAUAAUCACCUUCGACGUGGAGUUCCCCAAGGAGCAGCUGACGCCGGAGCAGCGGGAAGGUCUCAAGCAGCUGUUGAAGCAAGGAUCAGUGCAGAAGGUCUACAAUGGAUUGCAGGGAUAUUGAUGUGUGGAAAAAUUGGACUUCCCUGGAAAUGCAAAGUCAGAUUUGUUUGCAGUCUUUUCUCCUGCCCACUGUAGAAGGGGGAAGAGGGAGGGGGGGCGAUGGUUGAGGUUUAGCUCAUCUUUGGUUUGUAAAUUAUGGAAGUGCUCAGAGUUUGGUGAAAUACUUUUUCAGGACAUAACUGGUGCUGCCUAUCAUGUUCCACGUCCUGGAACAACAGAGAUUCCUUGAGCAGGAAAACAUAGGUGGGGGAAAGGAGUUUUAAAUUCCACACAGAUUGGAAUUUCUGGUUUUUAAAUAUAUUUUGAUGUGACUUUU